UCCAUUUCAUCAAUGGCUUCUCUGCAAGUAUCGUUUCCUACGAUUUCAGCAAUUCGCUUGAGCUUCUCUUAGUAUUCUUCUUCGUCUUUGAAGGGAGUUUCUUUCGUUGGACGGACGAUGUGUGACCGGAGGAGCUCCGGGCACCGGAGAAACCGUCGUGAAAUGGCCUCAACAGCUAUGGUCCAGCAAACUAUGCCGGGAGGAGCUUCGGCUAUUUAUGCAAAAGAGAUAGAGCGACUUUCAGCUAAGGAAUCUCUGCUUCUUUCUUUUAAGGAUGCUGGGGGUUUUGAGGCUUUAGUCACCGGGAAAACAACAGAUUUGCAACGAAUUGAUGUGAAUGAGAGGAUAAUUGGUCUUGAGAGGCUCAAUCCAACUCCAAGGCCAACAACGUCUCCCUUUCUGGAAGGUCGUUGGGACUUUGAGUGGUUUGGAUCUAGAAGCCCUGCAUUUUCUUCUGCUAUAAUCAUAUUUGAGAGAUUCCCAUCAACAUUGGCAAACUUGUCAAAAAUGGAUUUGCAUCUUAAGGACGGAAAGGCAAAGGUUACAGCACACUUGAAACUGCUUAACUCGAUAGAAAGCAAAUUUGUUCUUUCCACCAUUGUAUCUAUUGAGGGACCAUUACGAAUGAAAGAACAAUAUGUCGAGGGGAUACUUGAAUCACCAUCUGUUGUUGAAGAAAAAAUACCGGAACAGUUAAAGGGUGCAUAUGGUCAGGCUCUUACUACCAUCCAGCAACUUCCAGUUCCUGUUAAGGAUGCAGUGACAAGUGGUCUGAGAGUUCCUCUGGGUGGGACAUUCCAGAGACUGUUCAUGAUUUCGUAUCUUGAUGAAGAGAUCCUUGUAAGUAUAUAUCUGUACUUCCGGUCUCUGUUUAUUUUGAGUUUGAAAUUAUCUUUACAAUUUCAUGUUGUUUUCUUGGUAAUUCAGUGUUAUGACAAUAGCAUAAGAAAUGAUCAUUUCAUCCUUUCUGAUAAAAAUGGAACUUGAUAUCAUUAAUUUCUU